AUGCCAGCCUACCACUCCGUGUUCAACGAUGAUACCUCGGUCCGACAGGUGGGUAACAUGGCUCUGUUACCUAUCAAUACCAAGAUCAGGGGACCAGCACCUCUAGCAGCCGAUCCGAGUCAACCUGAUAUAAUCGAAGAAUCCCUUGAUCUAUUCAGAGCCAAUUGUCUUUUCCGUAAUUUCGAGAUCAAAGGCCCAGCAGACAGGUUAAUGAUUUACUUGAUCCUAUUCAUCUCCGAAUGCCUAACGAAACUCGCUCCAACGCCUGGUAAACCUUCACCAGGAUAUCAAGAAGCCUUGAAAUUACUUCAGACUCAGGCAGUGGAUACGUUUGCUUUACCUGGAGAUGCUGGUUUCCCUUUGAAUUCCUUGUAUCAUCCUCCAGCUAGUAGAGUCGAUGCCGACGCCCUUCGAUCGUAUCUCACUCAAACACGUCAAGAAUUAGCUAUCAGACUAGUAGACAGAUUAUACCCCCAUGAACAGGUGUUGGGACCCGACGGUCAACCGACUGGUCAAGUGGGCGGUAGAGCAAAUAAACCUAGUAAAUGGUGGAUGUCAUUCCAGAAGAGAAGAUUCAUGGGUAGAUCACUUGGCGCAUAA